AUAACCACCACUAGCCUAUUCACUCACACACCAACACCAUCUGUUGUCUUGUAUGUGGCACACUGAGACCGAGCAAAGAAUCUCCGAAAGAUGGGGUUUCUUGCAGCAGCGAGUAGCAGCACCUUCUGCUUGCUGCAUUCUCCUCCUCUCUACCAAUUUCCAUUCCCUUCUUCUUCAUCUUGUUCUUCUUCUUCUUGGCCUAGAAAUGCCGCACGUUUCAAGACUCAGUUCCGAGCUCCCACAGCAUCGUCCUUGCGCCAACACGACCCAAUCUGCAGCAAGAGGACAUUUCUCUUGAUGGGUAUUGCUGUUCUUCCACUUCUACCAUUCAACACUGCUCAAGCUCUUGAAGGGUCUUCCGCUACCACAAAAGAAAGUGAGGUGAAGACAUCAGAGGAUAGCCCGAAAGCACAGACAAAUUCCUUUGCGUCUCUCCUGAAUGCAAUUGGAAUAUUUUCUGCUGGCGUGUUGGGUGCUCUCUAUGCACUAGCUCAGAAAGAAAAGUCCACUGCUGAUGCAACAAUAGAAACAAUGAGCAUCAAACUUAAGGAAAAGGAAGAGAAGAUAGUAUCCUUGAAGAGAAACUAUGAAUUGAAGUUACAGAAUGAGCAGGAAGAACGAGCCAAGCUACUUGGAAAAGCAAAGGAAGAACAGCAAGCAUUGACAAACCAGCUAAAUUCCGCAAUCAGUACUGUCACCCGUGUGGGUCAGGAGCUAAAAAGCGAGAAAAGUUUGAUUGAGGAGCUGAAACUUCAAAUUGACAGACUUGAAACUAAGCUUUCAAAGGCUGAUACAGAUAAGAAGGGUCUUGAAGACAAUUUGAAAGAGAAGGUUGAUUCUAUUGAAAUUUUACAGAAAAAAAUUGAUCUGCUGAGUGCAGACCUCAAGGACAAAGAAGUUGUUGUUCAGAAUCUAAAUUCAUCCCUGGCAGAAAAGGAGUUGGAAUUGAGGAAUUUGAAUUCUACCUAUGAGCAAACCAAGGAGGAAUUAUCUAAUGCUUAUUUGCAGAUUCAGGAGUUGAAAGAUGAACUACUAAAAAGCCAAAAAGAACUAGAGGGAAAAGAUUCCUUGGUGAUGGCACUAAAUUCAAGAGUAAAUUCCUUAACACUUGAGAAUGAUGGUUUUAAGAGUAAAUGUGAUGUCAUGGAGAAGGAAUACAGUGACCUAAAGUUGUCUGCUGAAAAGAAGGCUGAUUUGGAUGCUAAGAUUUUAAUAGAAAAAGAAGAGGAGCUUCAUCAGCUAAAGGAUAAAUUAGAACUGGCGAUAGAUGAAACAGGCAGAAACAAGGCCAUCAUUGCUGAUUUAGAGCAACAAAGACAAGGUUUAAAGGAGUCUCUAGAGAAUGAAUCUAGGGAAGUGAACAAUCUGAAGCAUGAACUCCAAGUCGCUCAGGAGAACCUUGGAAAAUCAAGGAAUGAGUCUGCUGAAUUGGAGAAAAGUCUAAACAAGUCAAAUGAAUUGCGCAAAGAGCUCGAGCUUGAGGUCUCUAAGCUUUCAUCUGAGCUCACUGAAGUUAAAGAGUCACUACAGGAAAAACUUGAUGAUGCAAAACUCGGGGCAGAAAUGCUAGCUAGUGAGCUUACGACAGCAAAGGAACAUUUGAAUAAAUCACAAGCACAGCUCCAAAGUAUGUCUGAUGAAUUAACAGCUACUCUUGAAAACCGUAGUAGCCUACAAAGAGAAUUAACUGAUGUCUACAAAAAGGCUGAAACCACAGCAAUGGAUUUGAAGGAAGAAAAACAGUUAGUUGCUUCUUUGUACCAAGAUCUACAAGCUUUGGAGAAGCAAGUCUCAAAGGACAAGGAGGCUCAAAGAUCUCUCGAAAUGGAUUUAGAGGAGGCUGCCAAAUCUCUAGAUGAAAUGAACAGACAUGCAUUGACCCUUACUAGUGAAUUAGAGAGGAGUCAGUCUCUUAUUUCUAGCCUUGAGAAUGAGAAAGAGGUGCUUUCCAAGUCUCUCAGUGAACAAAGAAAAGCAAGCAAAGAGGCCCGGGAAAACAUUGAAGAUGCUCAUAACCUCAUCAUGAGACUUGGCAAAGAGAGAGAGACUUUGGAUAGCAGAGGGAAGAAAUUAGAGGAGGAGUUGGCUUCUGCCAAGGGUGAAAUAUUGCGUUUGAGGAGUCAGAUCAAUUCUUCAAAAGUUGCUGUUAGCAAUGAGAAGCCUUUGAACAAUGAGAAAGUGCAGAAAGAUGAAGGUGAAACCAAGGUGAACACUGAGAAAGUGCAGAAAGAUGAAGGUGAAACCAAGGUCACUGUAACUGCACGGAAAACUGGCCGAAGGAGAAAGGCUAAUCCCCAAUAAUAUAGAGAAACUUGAGAGGCAUUAAAAAAUUCUGUUUAGCAGAGUGAUAUUCUAUAAUGAACCAUUUAGAAUGCAGUUGAUAUUGCACUUUAAUAAUCUCUUUGACAUGCACUAGUUUCCAUGUUGCUAUAGCAUUGUACAGAUUCAGUAACAUUGUAGGAAUUGUUGAGGCAAGCUUUUUGGAGUGUUGAUUUUUAGUAA